CUUCAUCUUCUUCCUAGUAACUUGUAUACUCUCUGUUUCUCUUAUUUCUUGCCCUUUCCCUUCCCCUUUCUGUUCCAUGUGCAAACCCUAACGACAUACCAAUUCGAUUCGAAGCAGAAAAGGUGAAAUUGGAGUUUCAGAGACGAAAAGAAAAUGGCUUACGGUGGUGCAGGUCCUGUGGGUGGUUCGGGCUCUGCAUCCACCAUUAAGCAAGUGAAAUUGGAGAGAGAAAGCGAACUCAGAAUAGAAGUGGGUAACGACGCACCACUUCGCCUUCGACUCCUUAACGGAACUGCUGAAAUUUUCGGCACCGAGCUUCCUCCCGAAAUCUGGCUCAAUUUCCCUCCCCGGCUCAAGUUCGCUGUGUUUACUUGGUUUGGUGCGACCAUUGAAAUGGACGGAGCUACUGAAACUGAUUAUACUGCAGAUGAGACUCCCAUGGUAAGCUAUGUAAAUGUGCAUGCCAUACUGGAUGGAAGAAGAAGUCGUGCCAAAGCUUCAUCACCUGAUGAUUCUGAUGCUUCUCAGGGUCCCAGGGUCAUUGUUGUAGGACCUACUGAUUCUGGAAAGAGUACCUUGUCCAGGAUGCUUCUUAGUUGGGCGGCUAAACAAGGUUGGAAGCCUACCUUUGUUGACUUGGAUAUUGGCCAAGGCUCUAUAACAAUUCCUGGAUGCAUUGCUGCCACUCCAAUUGAAAUGCCCAUUGAUCCUGUGGAAGGCAUUCCACUUGAAAUGCCUCUUGUAUACUUUUACGGGCAUGCAACUCCAAGCAACAAUGUAGAAUUGUAUAAAGUGCUCGUCAAGGAGCUUUCAGGGAUGAUCGAGAGACAAUUUACUGGAAAUACUGAAUCUCGAGCUUCAGGCAUGGUGAUAAAUACUAUGGGAUGGAUAGAAGGAGUAGGCUAUGAUUUGCUCUUGCAUGCAAUUCGUACAUUCAAGGCCAAUGUUGUCUUGGUUUUAGGUCAGGAAAAAUUGUGCAGCAUGCUCAAAGAUGUGCUUAAGAGUGAGCCGAAAGUAGAUGUUGUGAAACUUCAAAGGUCAGGUGGAGUUGUAUCUAGGAAUGCAAAAGUCAGGCAGAAGGCCAGAAGUUAUAGGAUAAGGGAAUACUUCUAUGGCCUUUCAAAUGAUCUUUCUCCACAUUCUAAUAUUGCAAAUUUUAGUGAUUUGUUUGUUUAUCGAGUUGGUGGUGGGCCACAGGCCCCACGCUCAGCCUUGCCAAUUGGAGCAGAACCUGCUGCAGAUCCAACAAGAGUUGUACCUGUAAACAUAAACCGUGAUUUGCUCCAUCUUGUCCUUGCUGUCUCAUUUGCCAAGGAACCUGAUGAGAUCAUUUCCAGCAAUGUUGCCGGGUUCAUUUUUGUGACAGACAUUGAUAUUCAGAGAAAGAAGAUAACAUACCUUGCUCCGUCUUCUGGAGAGCUUCCAAGCAAGUAUUUGAUAAUGGGAUCCUUGACAUGGCUUGAAACAUGAACUAAUGAACAGCAUUUUACCGGAAAAUGUCUCACCAAAUUUGUUGUGCUGGUUCGCCAGUUUUGUGUCGUGAUCAAAUGUAAAUACUAAAUUUAGCUUAGAUCCUCUUGUGAGGUGUUGUUUUGCGUAGUGGGAAGUUCCUCAUGUUUUUUGUAUCAAUGUCAACUUUAAACUUUUUUCCAUGUCGGGAUAGACAAUUUUGUUAUGUUUAAUUUUAGCAUGAGAAUAUCUAUUUUCUGUUUAGAUUAGUUUAUGUUGCGAAGGGAUAA